GUCCGCUCUCCGUUCACGUAUUUGUGAUCGUCACAACUUUCUCUCACCUGUCAGGUAACUUUUAGCAGAAACGCGGAGUCGCAACACGACGGAAACGGCGACACAAAAAAACAAAACAAAAAAACACGCAGUUUAUAGAAGUGUCGUCGACGUGAAUGGACUAAAACCAGGGAAAUCUGUCCCGAAAAAAAUGGCUUCCUUGAGCCGGAGGAGCGGUGGCAAACAGUGAAGCUCUUGUCCGUGCAACUGGAUAUCGACUGAAACGGGAAUAAAAAAAAAGUAAAUCACAUUGGACAGUUUCAGAAUGGCUGCCCACGACGGCGUACUCGUGGGUUUGAAUGACGCGGCUCCUCCGCCUGACGAUUCAGAAGCAGAAUCAAAAAUGGGAGAAGGUGAACUGCCACAAGACGGCGACAGCAUUGAAGAGGAGAGACGGGAGCGCACGGAGAUGUCGGAGGCGACCACUUUACCGUACCCUGGAGACAAAAACAAGAAGCUGCUGCUGGACCAGGAGGAGGACGCCUCUGGGUCUGAGGAGAGGGACACUGGGAUCAGCCAGGGAGGGAGUCAGGAUCUCUCCGAGGAGCAAAGCCAAGCGGAGGGAGUGGUGAGGAGCACGGCCCGGCGGCGGAGCGACGAGAUCAAGCUCAAGAGGAACGACAAAGGGUACGACUCGCUCACGGACGAGGAGGAGGAGGAGGAGGAGGAACGCGACAAGGAGUGGAGGUCGGAGAAACCCUCCAUUGGUUUCACUCCAAACGUCACGAUUGUGCGUCCGACCACCAAGGAGCACUCGGAGGAAAACCUGUACCCCAGGGAGGAGGAGGUGACGGCGGAGCAGAAGGUGUGGCUGGAGCCCGAAGCAGACUCUCAUUACGCCGAAGAUCAGGACGACAAGUACUACGUGUGCGAGCACAUCUGCGGCGAGAAGCUGAGGUUGGUUUUAGCCACGGUGGCGGCGGGGCUCCUCUUCCCCCUGCUGGUGUGGGCCGGCUACGAGCUGCUUCCCUUUGACGCCCCGGUGCUGGAGAGCGCCCCCCUCAGGGUGCUGUACACACUGCGCUGCUCCUUCUUCGCCAUCAUCCCCAUCGUGCUCGGUGUGGUGGUCCAGGGAGUCGCCCGGCUGCGCUUCAGCGCCCUGGAGCCCCUCUAUCAGGGCGGGCUGGUGAACAGGGAAGUGAUGGUUCACUGGCACUACGUCAACGAGUCGCUGUCGCUCUUCCUCUUCUACUUCCUGCAGCUUGCUGUGUUGGCAUCCUAUCUCUACCAGGACAUGGUUAAACUGGUGCCGCUGCUCACCAUCAUAUUUGUUUUUGGCAGGCUCAUCUACUGGCUCUGCCUCUCUCUGGACAGCAGCGUCCGGGCCUUCGGCUUCGGCUUCUCCUUCCUCCCCGUUCUGGUGAUGCUGGGCGCCAACCUCUACUUCGUGUGCGCCGAGCAGGGCUCCGUGUUCGACGUGGCGCCGCCCGCCACGCCUCCUCCGCCCAAGCUGCGCUGGUGGUUCUAAGGAGCCGGCGGCCCAAAACGCGGCGAGAGCGGCAACUACAGCACCUUCAGAAAACUCAGGAGACACAACUCACUCAGACCAAAUCAGGUGGUUUUGCACUCGUAUGUUGUACUCGUUGAGAUUUCUCUCUGAUCUGGAGAGAUGCAGGUCUCUUUGGUAAAAGUGUGCACAGUUAGGCUGCCUGUUCACGACAGAGACAACAGAAAACGACCAAACCAGCUCAGGUUGUUUAUCUAAACUGUAAAUUAACCCUUUGCUGACUCAGAGAUUAAACUGCACUGGAUUACAGGCUGUUAAUCACGGCCAAAUGAAUCCUCUGAACAAAACGGGGAAACGGGUUUUACGCACUGUAAAUGUCGUCUAGAAAUAGAUCCGGUUUGAUUAGACUCCUAAGGAUUAUAAUGUCUGCUGUUCCUUCUAGUGUUUACUUUGGUUUAUGUGGAAAAACAACUGUAUCGCCAUCGAUGCUUGGAUAUUCUGAUCGUUGUGAGGAAAGUCACAACCAAUCUGGAUUUGAAAUGUUUUCCAUUAAUGGUUCUUGGACACAACCAGAAUUUAACAGAUUUUCUCUGCAUUUUCCUGAAGUGUUUACCUAUAAUGUGCCAAUUAAUUUUCUAAUAAAGACAUUAACCUUGUUUUUUUUGUUUGGCUCAGAUAAGCUUCUAAGGCUUUGUUGCUACAGUGAGUCUGUAGUUGACUUAAAGCAAAUAAAACCUCAGUUAAAGAUAUAUGAUUAAAGCCUAUUUGUAAGAUGAAAUGUGCUCCUUUCAUUUGAUAUUUGCUUAAAUAAACAAAUAGAUUUUGUUCUUGAGCAAUGGAUCUAAAUCUAAAAAA